AUGUCACAAGCUGCUGGACCUGAAAUGACCUUCGCGUCUGGACGAUACUCUAAAAGGAAGCGCACACAGGUCAACUACCGCAUGGAAGAGCUAGAUGUGGACGAAACCGAUAUCGAAAGCAAGGAUGAUGUUGUGCAGCCGAAGAAGCAACGCAAGACAGCAGCGUCCAGGCCUCUCCCAAAGCAUAAAAUCUUCCCCUUCCUGGAGCUACCUGCAGAGAUUCGCAAUAUGAUCUAUACCUACGCGCUUACGGAUUCAUCUGGCAUCAACUUCGUUGCGGUCCAGCGCAAUAAGCGCCGCUGCGUGGAGCGCGUCUCACGGAAGGUAUUCGAUUCUGUAUCGCGCUUUAGAUCCCCCUACCAGCCUAGCAGGACCAACAACAGCCCCGACGACACGAAUGAUCUUCCUGCGCCUUUGAUGCCUUCGCUCCUCGCUGUCAACAAGCAGAUCAACCAGGAAGGUAGCGAUAUUUUGUAUAGCAAUGAGCUUGUUUUCGCUGACCCUGUGGCUCUCUACUCGUUCAUGAUCAACCUCGGCCCUGGCAGCGCUUCGCAUCUCCGAAUCAUACGUCUCAAUGGCUGGGAUCGUGGCCGUACUUCGAAAGCAUACAACAACGCCUGUUUUGCUGUGUUGAUCUCAGCUACCAACUUGGAGAAGCUCCACAUCGACACUAGCAUGGGUUGGUUUCGCCACUCAAAGGGUGCCGCUCAACUGUUCUAUCGCAAUGCCUUCCCGUGGCUCGAGGCCGUUGGCACUACCAAAGGCAAAUAUGAUGCAGCACUCGAUAUUCUGGAUGUGACCGAGGAAGCCUUAGGGCGGAACUAUUACAGCUCCUCACAGGGACAACCAGGUGGGGACAGGCGAAAGAUGUUUAAUGCCGAACUGAGCAGAAGUCUGGGGUUGCAAUGGAACCGCAUCAUGGGCAAGUCGGUGAAGAAAGGAAAGACGUCGAAGGUCAGCAACAAGUCUCGAAAGACCGACAGCAGCAACUGA